ACAAUGGGAAUAUUAUACCACCUUAGAUUUACAGUAUUUUGGCGUAUGUUAUGUUUAGUGUUAUAUGAACAUUUUUCAAAUUUCAUGGGUUGGCGCCGACGUGUGACCAGUGCUAAAAACCUUAAUGGACAGGUAGUUGUAGUGACCGGCGGUAACGCUGGCAUCGGUAAAGAAACUGCAUAUCAGCUCACAUUACGCGGGGCUAAGGUAUACAUCGGGUGUCGGGACCAGAAGAAAGGCGAAGCGGCCGUCAAAGACAUCCUAUCAUUGAAUCCAAAGGCAAACAUAAAACUAUUUUCGCUGGACUUGUCUUCACUCAAAUCUGUCCGCAAAUGUGUGGAAGAGUUGUCGAGUUUGAAGACAAAAGUCGAUAUACUUAUCAAUAACGCGGGAGUUAUGGGUUGUCCUGAAUGGAAGACAGAGGACGGCUUUGAAAUGCAGUUUGGCACUAAUCAUUUAGGUCAUUUUCUAUUUACACUACAUUUGAUACCAUUGCUAAAGAAAGCACCGGCGGGUCGUAUAGUGACUGUGUCGUCAGCCUUGCAUAUGUGUAGCCCAAUCCACCUUGAUAAUGUAAACCUACGAAAUGGUACAUACAAUAACUUUUUCGCUUACGCUCAGAGCAAACUCGCAAAUGUGUUGUUCAGCCGUGAAUUGGCCAAAAGGCUCCGCCACUCAAACAUCAACACGUAUUCACUGCAUCCGGGAGUCAUUAAUACAGAACUGGACAGACAUGUUGGGGCAUUCGAUGCGGGCAACCCGUCCGACAGGGGUUGGUUUCGGCGCAACUUUUGCAUUUCGCCACUACUCGGCUCUCAGACCACACUCUACUGCGCUCUCGACGAUGAAGUCGCAGAUCAGACGGGAUAUUAUUACAACAACUGUCGUCGUGUGGAUCAUAUGAUACCCGAAGCCAAUGACGACAAGACUGCCAAAAGUCUGUGGGAUUUGAGCUGUGAUUUAGUUUAUAUAUUGUGUCGGGAUCUAAAGAAAGGCGAAGCGGCCGUCAAUGAUAUCCUAUCAUUGAAUCCAAAAGCAAAUAUAAAACUACUUUCGCUGGACUUGUCUUCACUCACAUCUGUCCGCAAAUGUGUGGAAGAGUUGUCGGGUUUAGAGACAAAAGUCGAUAUACUUAUCAAUAACGCCGGCGUUGCUCUCUGUCCGGAGUGGACAACGGCUGAUGGGUUUGAAAUGCAGUUCGGCACUAAUCACUUAGGUCAUUUCUUAUUUACACUACAUUUAAUACCAAUGUUAAAGAAAGCACCGGCAGCUCGUAUAAUAACCGUAUCUUCAGGCAUACAUCUAUUUGGCCAAAUCCACCUUGAUAAUGUAAACCUGCGAAACGGUGCAUACAAUCCAUUCUUCUCAUACGCUCAGAGCAAACUCGCAAAUGUGUUGUUCAGCCGAGAAUUGGCCAAAAGGCUCCGCUAUUCAAACAUAAGUACCUAUAGUCUGACUCCCGGAGUGGUAAACACUGACCUGAGCCGUCACGUGGGCACGUCUGAGGCCCGGGAGGGGUCGGUAUCGACCGAAAGUGGUUGCUUAAAGCGCAGGUUUUUUCUAUCACCAUUGAUGGGCUCUCAGACAACACUCUACUGCGCUCUCGACGAUAAGCUCGCAAAUGAAUCGGGAUUUUAUUAUAACAACUGUCGUCGUGUGGAUCAUAUGAUACCCGAAGCCAAUGACGACAAGACUGCCAAAAGUCUGUGGGAAUUGAGCUGUGAUUUAGUAUACAUCGGGUGUCGGGACCAGAAGAAAGGCGAAGCGGCCGUCGAAGACAUCUUAGCAUUGAAUCCAAAGGCAAACAUAAAACUACUUUCGCUGGACUUGUCUUCACUCAAAUCUGUCCGCAAAUGUGUGGAAGAGUUGUCGGGUUUGGAGACAAAAGUCGAAAUACUUAUCAAUAACGCCGAGUUGUCGGGUUUGGAGACAAAAGUCGAUAUACUUAUCAAUAACGCCGGAAUCGCCGGUUGUCCGGAGUGGCAGACAGAGGAUGGGUUUGAAAUGGUGAUUGGAACUAAUCAUCUAGGUCAUUUUCUAUUUACCCUACAUUUGAUACCAUUGCUAAAGAAAGCACCGGCGGGUCGUAUAGUGACCGUGUCGUCAGCCAUUCACAAGUUUGGCGAGAUCCACCUUGAUAAUAUAAACUUACGAAACGGCACACACAAUAUCAUUUUCGCAUACGGACAGAGCAAACUCGCAAAUGUGUUGUUCAGCCGGGAAUUGGCCAAAAGGCUCCGCCACUCAAACAUAAACACAUAUUCCCUAAAUCCCGGUGUCAUAAACACAGAGCUGAGUCGACACAUCAAUAAGUCAGAGACCCCGACGACCAGGGGUUGGUUUGGGCGCAAUUUUUUACUGACACCAUUUCUGGGCUCUCAGACCACACUCUACUGCGCUCUCGACGACGAUAUCGCUGAUGAGACCGGAUAUUAUUACGACAACUGUCGUCGUGUGGAUCAUAUGAUACCCGAAGCCAAUGACGAUAAGACUGCCAAAAGUCUGUGGGAAUUGAGUUGUGAUUUACGGCUCAACGGACAGGUAGUGGUCAUUACCGGCGCCAACACUGGCAUUGGGAAGGAGACAGCGUUUCAGCUCACACUCAGAGAGGCUAAGGUCUAUAUCUUGUGUCGAGACUCACGGAAAGGGGAAAACGCUAUGAGAGAAAUGCUUGCAUUGAAUCCAAAGGCAAAUAUAAGACUCCUUUCGCUGGACUUGUCUUCACUCAAAUCUGUCCGCAAAUGUGUGGAAGAGUUGUCGGAUUUGGAGACAAAAGUCGAUAUACUUAUCAAUAACGCGGGAGUUAUGGCCUGUCCUGAGUGGCAGACGGAGGAUGGGUUUGAGAUGCAGUUUGGAACUAAUCAUCUAGGUCAUUUUCUACUAACCAUGCACCUAUUACCAUUAUUACGAAGCUCGCCAUCAGCUCGUAUAAUCAACGUUUCAUCAAGCAUGCAUUUAUUGGGCGAAAUAAACCUUGAUAACAUAAACUUACAACACGGCGCUUACGACCCAACCAAAGCGUACGCUCAGAGUAAACUGGCCAACGUGCUAUUCACCAGGGAAUUGGCUAAACGACUGGACAAAACCAAUGUCAACACCUAUAGCCUAAACCCCGGUGCCAUCAGUACAGACCUGCAACGGCACACCACAUUCAGCGAUGGCUUUUUCAAACGCAACUUUUUCCUAAAACCCUGUUUGGGAUCUCAGACCACACUCUACUGCGCUCUCGACGAGUCGGUGGCCAAUGAGUCGGGUUUUUAUUACGAGUCCGUUAUAAUCGAGAUUAAUUGUCAUAGAGUAGACAGUAUGGUAGCCGAAGCUAUGGAUGACUCGACGGCCCGUAAACUGUGGUCUUUGAGCGUCGAUUUGGUUAAACUUGAAGAACGGUUCAGGAUU